CCCGCGGAGACCCGCGCGGAGCCGGCCGCCCGCCCGCCGGAACCCACCACUGAGAAUGUGCACAGCAUCGAUCCCCGGGACACCUGGAUGCUUUUCGUCAGGCAGAGUGACAAGGGUGUCAAUGGCAAGAGACGGAGCAGGACCAAGGCUAAGAAGCUGAAGCUCGGCCUGCCAGGGCCCCCUGGGCCUCCUGGUCCCCAGGGCCCCCCAGGCCCCAUCAUCCUGCCCGAGGCACUGCUGAAGGAGUUCCAGCUGCUGCUGAAAGGCGCGGUGCGGCAGCGCGAGCGCGCGGAGCCCAAGCCCUCGCUCGCGGAGCCGCCGAGGCGGGGCCCGCCGCGCCCCCGGGACCGCCUGCGUCUGCUCAUCUGCAUCCAGUCCCAGUGCCAGCGCAACGCCUCCCUGGAAGCUGUCAUGGGCCUGGAGAGCAGCAGCGAGCUCUUCACCAUCUCUGUAAAUGGUGUCCUGUAUCUGCAGGCAGGGCAGUACACCUCCGUCUUCUUGGACAACGCCAGUGGCUCCUCUCUCACCGUGCGCAGUGGCUCCCACUUCAGUGCUGUCCUUCUGGGUGUGUGA